AUGCCAAUUCAUCUAUGUCGCUUUAUGGCCUGGAUAGACGUAUUUGCGUUAACAACAUCUAUUUAUUCGUUGACAAUCAUUAGUAUUGACCGAUAUCUUAAAAUCAGCAAACCACUUCAGUACAAAUAUCGGAUGACCACUUCCAUUAUGCUAAAAACAAUUUCCGUGAUGGUUCUCAUUUCAAUUUCUUUUGCCACUUACUCCGCCACUCCACAUUCAGGGACCUACGGAAUAAGCGAUUCAACAAGCGUCAUGUACCGUGUCCACACAUUAAACAUGAUAUCACGCACAUUACCACUCGUUAACAGUCUAUGCAAUCCAAUAAUUUACGCUUGGCUCGACAAAUCUUACAGAGAAGCUUUUAAGCACGUGCUUUAUUGCAUAAUUUGUCGAAGACUCAAGAACAGACCCGCCAUGCACCAAUAG